AAGCACGUCACAACAGUCCACCGCUCUCGUUCUUCCCUCGUUCACCGUACAUUUCCUUUUAUGACUGACAAUAUUCCGACGAUACGGAUUACAGCAGACGAGGUCAAUUGCCUCAUCUACUCUUUUCUGGUCGACUCAGGUGACGGCAUUUUUCGCUCUCGUCCGGCCACGCAAGCCGAUCUGUCUACUUUCUCAGGCUUCAAGCACACCGCGUUCAGUCUGUGCAUGGAAGCCAAUCUCGAAAAGUCGCAGAACUUCGUCAAACACAUCCCCCGGGGCGAGCUCGUGGAUCUGCUCAGCAAAGCGCUGCUCUACCGCGAAGUCGAGGCGCACUGGCGGGCGGAUAAUUUGAGCCGGAACUGCAAAGCGAAUUUCUCUCUCCUUGACGCGCAUGUUUGCUCGCUCGUGACGCGGGUGAUGCCGCAGGCGCUGGCGUCGUCGUAUACGCGCCUGUCGACCGAGGGCAAGCGCAAGGCGAGCCAUUCCGCUCCUGAAGGGCCUGCGGAGAAACGGCUGCGGCAAGACACAUCCUCCGAGGGCGCAGGGAACAGUCAGAAACAGUAUCCGCUUGUGACUUCGGAUCAAUCGGCGUCUACUUCCUCCAAAAGGACCCAGGGUCCGGAGAACUCCGAAACGGAUGUUCGAUCCAUCAUCAUGUUGGCUGGCCACCAAACUGAGGCUGGUAUUUUCGUUCCCAGAUCUAAAGACACGAUGGUCAAUCUAUGGAAUCUCCCGCAACCACCACCAGCGGACUCGCCUUACUUUGCGGAACCGCCUCCUAGUGGACCGUGCAAAACUCAAAAUUUUAACUCGACCGAUCUUACCGCUCUGCAUUGGAAUCCUGAGGGAACGCUAGUCGCCAUUGCCUCCCUGGACUCUCUGCUGCGUGUCUGUUCUUCUGAAGGCGAAGUGUAUUUUACGCACAAUCAGCAUCGCCAAUCUCUUUACGCGGUCCGAUUCUCGCCCACCGGACAAUGGCUGCUGUCAGCCAGUCUCGACGGCUCGAUUUGUCUGUGGGAUGUGGCGAAUAAGCAGUUGAAAACGCAGUAUCCUGUCCACACAGAUUGUUGCCUUGAUGUGGAUUGGAUUUCGGAGAGCAUUUUCGCCAGUUGCGGCGCAGAUCACAUCAUUCAAGUUAUGCAAGUUGGAGUGGAUAAACCUAUUCGGACAUUGCGCGGGCACACACAAGAAGUCAAUCAAAUUAAAGUCAAUCCCGCUGGAACACGUUUAGCGUCCAGCUCGGAUGACAAGACGGUGCGCAUCUGGCCAGUCAACGAGAUUUGUGUACCAGGAGAAAAUGGCUCGGAGCCCAACUUUCUCAACUUGGCCGGGCACACACAUUCAGUCAGCGCUGCGUUCUGGUGUCCAGAUCCGGCCGCCGGUAUAAACGAAGUGCUCGCCACCUCGUCCUUCGACCACUCCUCCAAGCUGUGGGACUCCAGGACUGGCGAAUGCAUCGUCACCUUCUCGGACCACAAGCGCCCCAUUUACACCCUCCGGUUCAACCCGAUCGGCAAUCUGAUGGCGACUGGCAGUGGAGACGGAUCGAAGGAGCGAGCCGAGUCGAGGGAUAUACAUCAUACAACCCGCAAAACCCGAGGCAACAUUCCCGAAUCACGAACACGAACACCCUCCGCGUCUCGAGCCUCGUCUCGGCGCCAUCUUAUCACGCGAUCCAUGGCCACGAGCUCAAUAUCGCGAUCGAGCUCAGUCUCGACGAUUCCCGGAUACGUCCUGCGCUAUAGGACGGGCAACCACGCGAUGGACGGCGUGUACUCUAUCUGCGCAGGUCUGCUCGUCCGCGUCGUCGUCGAUGCCGCGACGUUCCACGAUGUCAGGCUGAGUGCCACGCUCGUCGGGCUCUGGGAGGGCGUCAUCCUCCUGCACUACAUGAACAAGGCGCCUGCAUCCUCCGACCCGUACCUCGCCUACGGCGUGCGCCUCUUCGUCGACUUCAUCUUCACGGAGAGCUUCGCGAAGCUGAUGAUCGUCCUGCUCUGGAGCACCCUGGGCAUGGUAAUGGCCGACGUCGCCCCCGGCGUGUGGUCCGACUGGGGCCUGCGGCGGCACUGGAGCGCAGUCCGACGGGAUGCCUAUCACGCAUGGCGCUAUCUUGCUUUCUGGCGCCGCCGAAGCAGCCGUAGCAGCAGCAGCAGCAGCCGCAGCUCGACGGUCCGGUUUGCCAGUGCGCCCACCGUCAUGUCGAGUGCCAGCGCGGCCAGCAGUAUUGCUUCCUUUCGCACGAGGACGUCGGCGGCGCCGACAGUGACGUUCGCGCCCACGGAAUCCUUGGUGUCGUUUGCGCCGACAGAAUCGAUCUACACGUCGCUGGCGCGGUCGAGGACGUCCUCGGCGUCUUCGUCCGCAUCGUCCUCUGUUAGCUCCGUAACAGCUGAAACGGCUGUAACUCCGGCACCGGCACCGACGCCCCCUUCUUUCAGACGCCGAAAAUCUCCUCCGGGCCAUCUGUCUGGUGUCGGGAUGUCUGAGACGGCUUCUGAAGUGAGCACGGCGGUGCGCACUCUUCCUGGCGUUUCCAGCAACUCUGUGACGACGCCGUCGCUGGCCUCGCACAUCACGAUUUCACGAAUUAUUCCUCUCCAGACACGGACGUCUGAGGACACGUACACGUUCACGGCGACUUCGCGAUCGACUUCGCCCACUUCUUCUCUCGAUUACUCGGACGAUCCCUCUGCGACGAAUCCCGUGGAAAUUCCGUCGGACAUGGAGGAUGAUACGGUCGUGCAAGCCAUGGGCGGGCGGUUGAUCGACUUCGAGCGCGCGGACGUCACCCCCAAGAACUCGCCGAGACACAUCCCGAUGUUUCUCCCGCCUACGCCGUCGGAGUCGAUGAACGACUGGACCAGCGAGUCGGGGCUCGACGAGGACGUCCCCCCUUCGCCGUGGAUGCCUGUGAUCCCUGAUGUGCCGCCCCUCGAUCUCGAAGAGGAGUGGGAGCAGGUUGAUCCGCCGACGCCGCCACAGGAAGAACCUGCGGAGGGUGCAUUGUCCGAUGCUGCUUCGACGAUUGCGGCUGGACCCCGGGAACAGGAUCUGACCAAUGUGGAUGCUGUCGCUGAGGAGAUUGUCCAGCCAGAAGAGAUUGUCCAGCCGAAAGAGAUUGUCCAGCCGAAAGAGAUUGUCCAGCCGAAAGAGAUUGUCCAGCCGAAAGAGAUCGUCCAGCCGAAAGAGAUCGUCCAGCCGAAAGAAAUUGUCCAGCCAGAAGUGACUCCCCAGCCUGCCGAAGAUCACGAAGCCGUUCCCAUCCCCAUGCCCCAGUCCCGGGACUCUCAAGCUCUCGAAUCGCCGACCGCUGAACUUGCGAACCCGUUCGAAGCUCCUGCUGCCAGAAUCGUUGAGCGGCUGCCGUCAUCGACACCUCCUUCGGGUCUGCAGCGUCCCGUGACGGAAGAUUACACGACUCGCACGCCGCCUCCAUCAUUCGAGGACCUGUAUGGAUCCGAUCCCGAGCCUUAUAAUAUGCAUCCGGUUCCCAUUCCGGAACCGGAAAUGACCCUCGAGCCGCACGAGGAAGAAGAGGCCGGUCCGUCAUCCCUGUCGUCUGUGCGAGAUGCGCUGUCUCUGCGACGAGAGGCCUUGAGCCUGACGGCGCAGAUCGCGACCCUCACGAAACAGCGCAAAAGCUGCCUGCCGUCGUCCGGGAUUUUCACGGAAACGGGAGAUCAGCUCGAGCACGCGGAGAAGGAGCUGGCGCGGCUCAGCGCACAGGCUGAUGGUGCCUUUGUUGGAGUUUUCACACUUCCUCCGGCAUCGUUGUACGAGUUGGACACGGCGGGACUGGAGCCGCAAGUUGCUGUGCAGAAGACGGAGGAGCGGCUCGAGAGGCUGCUGCUCACGCCGGUCCCUCCGGCCGGCACGACCCCAGAAGAUCUGGCGCACGAUUCGCCUAACCGGGGCACACUGCGCGUGACGAUGGAGCAGACGCUCCAAGGGCGGUUCGUGAAGCAGCGGUUGCUGGAUGCGCUCAACGGGAACGGCUUGACCUGGCAGGAAGACCCCGCGAAACCGAACGUGGUGUUCGUCAACCUGCCGAUGUCCGUCGACCCGGAGCCCGAGCAGCUCGAGGCUGAGCUGGAGCCCGUCGACGAUCCUUCCGCCGGCCUGAAGGACGACGGGGACGGCGACAGUCGCUCGAUCAGAGACUACUGAAUUGAUGAUCCCUUAUGAUGAUGAAUGUUCCACGGCUAUCUUAUACGGCUCCUCGGAAAUGACCACGCUAUCGACUUUUUUCUUGUACGAAGUCCUCGCCGUUGUGUAUAUACUGUUUUCUCUCUCUCUCUUAUUACGCUUUUGUAUAUGUUGUACGUACUCGCUUUCCGUGCGCUCGGAGGGCGGUUGUUCAAUCUCGGAUGGUGUUAAGUACUGA